UCAACAGCACCUCCCUCACCACCCCCUUCUCUCUCUCUCUCUCUCUCUCUCUCUCUGUCUCUCAAUUUUACCAAGAUUUUUGUGGGAAUUCUUAUUUGUGGUGCAAAAGGGAGAAGAAUUAGGGAAAAACAGGGGAACACAAAAAAGAGAAUCAGCCAGAGGGAAGAAUGGAAGAAGGAAAAGUAUGACAAGCAGCGGAAAGAAAUCUGCUAACAACCUCUUAGUUCUCUCUCCUUAAUCCCUACAGAAGGGAGGACUGGAAGAAGAAAGAGGAGGAGGAAAGGAAAGGGGGAGGCCUUUUGGAUUGAGGGACGAAGAGUCAGGAAGUAGAGUUUGGAGGCUUUUGGUUAGGGCUGUCUGCUAAGUAUACAGAUCCGCAGACCACACUCUGUGGACUAAGAGUUGGGUGAUCCUUGCCAGAUACCAAAAAACAACAGUAACCAGCGAGGAAGAGUCCAGGAGCAAGAACAGCAUCAAGCUUUGAAAAGGGCGGUGUUGUUCUGCAGCCUUGAUCUAAGAGAUGGCAGCAGCCUCGUCGUCGGCUCCCUUCUUUGGAAUCAGAGAGGAAGAACACCACAACCAACAGCAUCAUCUCCAGCAGCAGCAAUCGUCCUCCACUCCGGCCUCCUCGGCGCCCGCCGCCGCUCAGCCACCAGCUCCUCAGAAGAAGAAGAGGAAUCUCCCAGGAAAUCCAAAUCCAGAUGCGGAGGUGAUAGCACUGUCGCCCAAGACGCUCCUCGCAACAAAUCGGUUCAUCUGCGAGGUCUGCAACAAAGGGUUCCAACGGGAGCAGAACCUGCAGUUGCACCGGCGCGGCCACAACCUGCCAUGGAAGCUGCGGCAGAAGAACCCCAAGGAGCAGCGGCGCCGGGUGUACCUCUGCCCGGAGCCCACCUGCGUCCACCACGACCCGUCGCGUGCCCUCGGCGACCUCACCGGGAUCAAGAAGCACUUCUGCCGCAAGCACGGCGAGAAGAAGUGGAAGUGCGACAAGUGCUCGAAGCGCUACGCCGUGCAGUCGGACUGGAAGGCCCACUCCAAGACCUGCGGCACCCGCGAGUACCGCUGUGACUGUGGCACCCUCUUCUCCAGGCGUGACAGUUUCAUCACUCACAGAGCGUUCUGCGAUGCGUUAGCACAAGAGAGCGCAAGGAUUCCAACGGGCCUGAGCAGCAUUGGCAGCCACUUAUAUGGGAACAGCGGCAUGAGUUUGGGCCUCUCCCAAGUUAAUUCCCAAUUGUCUUCCUUACAAGACCAAAACCACCCAUCCGCCGACCUCCUCCGCCUCGGAGGAAGUGGUGGUGGGGCGCAGUUUGAUCACCUCAAUCCUUCUUCCUUCCGUCAGCCUCAGCCCCCACAUUCCUCUGCCUUCUUUCUUGGUGGUGGCUCAAGCCAAGGCUUCAAUGAUGACCCUCAAUCCACUCAUCCCUUGCUCCAAAGCAAGCCCUUCCAUGGCUUGAUGCAACUCCCUGAUCUCCAAGCCAACAGCAACAAUGCCUCAUCUUCCUCCCCGGCUGCUGCUGCCACAGCUGCCAAUCUUUUCAACCUCAGCUUCUUCUCUAAUGGUGGCAGCACGAGCACCAUGAACAACAACAACAACAACACUGGCAACCAAAACACCAAUCUGCUGAUCCCCGAUCACUUCAACAAUGGGAAUGGAAGUACUGAACCAACGACCCUCUUCUCGGGAAAUCUCGUGAAUGAUCACAUUGGCUCGGGCAUCCCUUCUAUGUAUAACACCUCAAUGCACAAUGAAUCUUCAGUACCUCAGAUGUCGGCAACUGCACUACUUCAGAAGGCUGCCCAAAUGGGUGCGACCACCAGCGGCGGCGGCGGUAGCUCCUUGCUCAGAGGAUUUGGCAGCUCUUUCUUUAGUGGAUCAAAAACCGCUGGUUUCCAUGCCACAUUUAGUGGUGGUGGUGGUGGUGGUUGUGGUGGUGGUGGUGGAGGUGGUGGUGGAGAGAGCUCAAGGUCUCAGGUAGAGAACGAGAACCAUUUCCAAGACCUUAUGAACUCCCUCGCCAAUGGGAACACUGGAAUAUUCAGUGGUGGACAUGAACAACAGACUGGGUUUGGUGGCUUCAAUCCAGGCUUGUGCAACAUGGAUGAUGGCAAGUUGCACCAGAGCCUGCCGCCGGGGGGCAUCGGAGGUUCUGAUAGAUUAACCAGGGACUUUCUUGGGGUGAACAGCAUGGUCAGAAGCAUGGGGGGAGGGAUAUCUCCAAGGGAACAGCAUCUUGGUAUUGACAUAGGCUCCUUGAAUUCAGAAAUGAAGUCUGGUUCCUCAACUCGGUCAUUUGGCGGAGGAAAUCUGUGACAGUAACAAAGAGAUCCAAGAGAGGCAGUAAGAAGGAGGAGUACUUAGUAGGUAAGUGACUCAACUUGAUCAAACUGGUAGAGGAAGUUGUUGUUACCGUAGGGUACGUGGUUGUUUAAUUAGUGUAGCAGGGUCCCGGUAAAUGUAUGUCUCCUUGAUGUCUUAUCUCUCAUUUCUUCUACUUUCUUUAGUUAAAAGUUCUCGGUUAUAGGUAGUCUUUAAACUGGAAACAGGGUUUUGUUUCUUUCUUCCUUUUCUCAUCUUUUUCUCCUUCCUUUCUCCUUCUUUAUGAUGCUGUCGCUGCUUGAUAAAAAGUAUGUUGCUCCUUGAAAUUACUAAAUGCUGUUAUGCUUGGGACA